AUGGAGGACGUGGAGGCGCGCUUCGCGCAUCUCCUACAACCCAUCCGAGACCUCACCAAGAACUGGGAGGUGGACGUGGCGGCCCAGCUGGGCGAGUAUCUGGAGGAGCUGGAUCAGAUCUGCAUCUCUUUUGACGAAGGCAAAACGACGAUGAAUUUCAUCGAGGCCGCACUGCUCAUUCAGGGCUCUGCUUGUGUCUACAGUAAAAAGGUGGAGUACCUCUACUCACUGGUGUACCAGGCCCUCGAUUUCAUCUCUGGCAAGAAGCGGGCCAAGCAGCUGUCCACUGUGUCUGAGGAUGAGGCUGCUGGCAGUGCUGGCCCUGGAGCCCCCCGAGAGGUAGAGGAUGAGUUUGUAUCCCUGGAUGAGCUGCCCAAUGACCGGGUCUGUGUGGACAUGAAGAAUGACCAGCCUUGCAAUGUGAGCAUGGUCAUUGUGCCUCUCAUGCCCAUGGCCCUAGUGGCCCCAGAUGAAGUGGAGAAGAACAGACACCCCCUGUACAGCUGUCAGGGGGAGGUCCUGGCCAGUCGGAAGGAUUUCAGGAUGAACACCUGCAUCGCCCACCCCAGAGGGGCCUUCAUGCUGGAACCCAUGGGCAUGUGCCCUGAGGACACGCUGGUGCCGAGGACCGAAAAGGACCCGGGGGUUGUUGUUGAGGAGCCGCCAAUGGAAGUCACUAUGUGUGGGAGCCCUGGCUCUUCGCCCAUCUCCUCCCCGGAGCCAGGGCUUUCCACUUCUGCGCCCCCAGAGGACCCGGUACCUAGAGGAGAGGAGGGAGACCAGGCAGAGGAGCCAGAAGAGGCAGGUGUGGUGGCUGAUCUCCCUGAAGCCACGGUCCCUGAGGUCCCGGCACCUAUUAGUCCACAGCAGAGUGCAGACCAGGCCCAGAGGUACAUGCUGCGUGCCAGGGACCAAGAAGAGCCCCUCUCCCAGAUGACGGCCCUGGACCCCUGGCAGAGCCUGGACCCCUUUGACUCCCUGGACUCAAAGCCCUUCAAGAAAGGUCGGCCAUUCUCUGUGCCCCCAUGCAUCGAGGAGGCUCCGGGACAGAAGCGUAAGAGGAAACGUGCCACCAAGCUGCAGGACUUCCACCAGUGGUACCUGAGUGCUUAUGCUGACCAUGCUGACAGCAGGAGACCAAGGCGGAAGGGCCCGUCCUUUGCAGACAUGGAAGCCCUGUACUGGCGGCAUGUCAAGGAGCAGCUGGAGGCCCUCAGGACGCUGCAGAGGAGGAAGGUGGGCCAACAGUGGCUGCCACAGACCAAGGAAGGCCUAUGGCCUGAGGAGGAGCAGCAGGUAGAGGACUCCCUGGAGCACCUGGAGGCUGAAGACGGCUUCUUAGAGUCCGAGGACUACUUGGAGCCUGAGAUGAGGCCCGGAGAAGCAGAUGACCUAGAUGCAGAGACCAGGCCGCCGACCCUAAGCUACGAGGAGCUAGUCCAGAAGAAUGUGGAACUCUUCAUAGCCACCUCCCAGAAAUUUGUCCAGGAGACAGAGCUGAGCCAGCGAAUCCGAGACUGGGAGGACACCAUCCAGCCCUUGCUCCAGGAGCAGGAAAAGCACGUGCCCUUUGACAUCCACACUUAUGGGGACCAGGUGGUCUCACGCUUCAGCCAGCUCAAUGAAUGGUGUCCCUUUGCCCAGCUAGUGGCUGGCCAACCUGCCUUUGAGGUGUGUCGUUCCAUGCUGGCCUCCCUGCAGCUGGCCAAUGACUACACGGUGGAGAUCACCCAGCAGCCAGGACUGGAGGCCGCUGUGGACACCAUGUCCCUGAGGCUGCUCACACACCAGCGGGCCCACAAGCGCUUCCAGACCUACACAGCACCCUCCAUGGCUCAGCCCUGA